AUACACGUAUCAGUGAGUUAUUUAUGCAUAUUUCCAGCCUUUUUCUCCUAAUACCACCCUUUGGUUUCAUAGUUGUGACAUAUGGGCGCAUAGGCCUGGCUGUACUGCGCAUCCGUUCAGCACAGGGUCGCAAGAAAGCCUUUUCCACCUGCAGCUCUCACCUUGUUGUCGUCAGUGUCUUCUAUGGCACAAUCAUGAUCAUGUACUUGAGGCCACAAGAGAAAUCGAUUUCUGAAAAGGACAAGCUCAUAUCUCUAAUGUAUGGAGUUUUGACACCUAUGCUCAACCCUUUGAUCUACAGCCUGAGAAACAAGGAUGUGAAGGGUGCCUUUUGGAAAAUG